AUGUCAGUGUCCGCUUUUGAGCAUUGGAUUCCUCCUAAUGCAGUCGUAGCCGGAACUGAUCCCGAACUUGGUGAAGGCGCAUUGUCUGUUGUAUAUGUUGCUAGAGCUACACUAGAGAAUGGAGGAACAUACCGUGGUGAGGCAAACUAUAACCAGGCCUGGAUACCUCAUGAAGACAAAGUGACACAGUUGAAGAAGGACUACGAGGUAUUUACAUGCCCUGACCCGGAUAGGAGACUGAAAUGGGUUGAGGUAGACGGGGAGUUUACUCUCGAUAUCUUGCAUUACCCACCUAUUCUUGGAGGAAAGGAUAAAGAUGGUAAAACCUUGUAUAUUGUGAAAGCCGAGUUUGACGGCGGAAUACAUUGUGGUUAUACCUCUGAAGGAGAGAUUGGUACUGUUGUGCACGGUGAAAAAGUGAAGCAAGUGGACCAUUAUUCUGUGCUUUAUCCUUAUCUUCUCGGGUGA